AUGGUAUUGACCAAAGUCGGGGAAGGGAUCGACAGAACAGUCAGUUUGCCAGGUGCGCCUUUAAAGGCUGAUUACAAGUCGAGAAGGAAGAUGAAAUGUCUUAUAUCUGUAGGGCUAGUCCUACCCGCAUUAGCGGCUGUCAUAGGUGUUGUGGCAUGGGCUGUGAGUGCGGAUAUAGUUAUGGGGCAUGCAAGGGACAGUGUCGUCAACUCUAAUCAGAGGCUACAGGACGAAUCUUUAGAAGAUCCCGUUCUACAAGAGAGAAGUGAUAAUAUGUAUGACGGCAGACUUCCAGUUGGAGGAAGGGUAAAUCAGUUAUUAGAUAAUCUACAUGUAGAAAGUUCAUCUACUGCAAAAACUGAAGUGGAAAGUCCAUCCUAUGUAAUGCAUAUGGUAAUACCGGAACAGAAAUCCACCACGACAGCACCAACCAAAUCUACGACGACUAAACCUCCCUUAGCGGUUACAGAUAUGAAUGAAUUUUUGUCCAGAAUAAUUUCAGCAUCUAGAGAAUCCGAAGUGGAAGACGACGACGACGAAGAAACAACAACAGUUGAAGAGGAAGAAGUAAUACCAACAUCUAAAAAACCUGAUGUUGGUCGUAGAACACCGCAACCAAAAAAUGGUCCAAAGCGUUCUAGUGAUAAUUUUGAUGAUCAGGGUGUUCGUACUUAUUAUCCUGCAAAUAAUGGUGGUAAUUAUGCUCCACAACAACAACAACAACAACAACAAGUGCAAAUACAACAACAACCUGUCAAUCCACACAAGUCCUAUUAUAAUCAGCAUCAUUUGCCGCAAAAACAUCAGCCACAACCUCACUUUCCAUCAGCAAGACCUCAACAACAUCACUCUCCACCACCGCCACCACAACAACAACAAUAUGCUCCGCCGCCACCACAUUUGAGGCCACAUCAUCCCCCGCCCAAUUUUGAGCAGAGCCAUGGAUAUAUACCAAAGCAAGCAUCGCAACAAGCAGUGCCUUACUUCCAUCAACCUGAACAACUGCCUCCACAGCAUCCGCCUCCCGCUACAAUUCAUAAACGAAAUCACGGCGGAUACGGUCAAGGAUAUGAAGCACCCAAGGGAGUGACUAUAACAUUUGGAUCUAAUCAGGGUGGCUACGGAGGAUCAGAUUAUCAUUCCUAUGGCGGCCAUCACGUAGAACCAUUUAGUGUGAUCAAAAGUUUAUUCUUACCAUUUUUGCCCAAACCAAAAGUGAAUUUAAACGGUCGUGUAGUUUUCGGCGUGGUGCUAGAAAAAGGAGUGGGUUUAGGAGGAAAUAAAGGUGAAGGAGGUGUAUCUGUAGGAGGAUAUCAUUAA